GCUCAGCCUGUCCUCAUAGGAGAGGUGCUCCAGCUCCGACUGCAUGAAGAAAAGGUCAUUAAAGAUCGGCGGCACCACCUCAAGACAUACCCAAACUGCUUCGUUGCCAAAGAGCUGAUCGACUGGCUGAUUGACCAUAAAGAGGCCUCAGACCGAGAGACGGCAAUUAAACUGGUGCAGAAAUUACUGGAUCACAGCAUUAUCCACCAUGUCUGUGAUGAGCAUAAGGAAUUCAAGGAUGUCAAGCUAUUCUACCGCUUCCGAAAAGACGAUGGGACGUUUCCACUGGACAAUGAGGUGAAGGUGUUCAUGAGAGGACAAAGGCUGUAUGAAAAGCUGAUGAGUUCUGAAAAUACCCUUUUGCAAGCCCGGGAAGAGGAAGGAGUGAAGUAUGAACGGACCUUUGUGGCAUCAGAGUUCAUUGACUGGCUGAUCCAGGAAGGAGAGGCCACGACGCGGACUGAGGCAGAGCAGCUCGGCCGCAGACUUUUGGAGCACGGGAUUAUACAGCAUGUGUCCAACAAGCAUCAUUUUAUGGACAGCAACUUGCUCUACCAGUGCAGAAUGAAUUUCCGACGGCGGCGGCGGUUAAUGGAGCUCCUCACUGAGAAAUCUCGCUUGAUGCCAGAAAGUCAUGACAGCCCGUUUUGCCUGCGCAAACAGAACCAUGACAACAGAAAACACACCAGUUUUCUCUCAGUGAGUCCCACCAAGGAGAUAAAGAUCGUGUCAGCAGUACGGAGGAGCAGCAUGAGUAGCUGUGGCAGCAGCGGGUACUUCAGCAGUAGCCCAACGCUCAGCAGCAGUCCCCCCGUGCUCUGCAACCCCAAAUCCGUAUUAAAGCGACCUGUGACUGCUGAUGAGCUCUUGAUGCCUGGAGCCCCAUAUGUAAGAAAAACUUUUACGAUCGUUGGUGAUGCGGUGGGCUGGGGCUUUGUGGUGCGAGGCAGUAAGCCCUGCCACAUCCAGGCCGUGGACCCCAGUGGGCCGGCAGCUGCAGCUGGGAUGAAGGUUUGCCAAUUUGUCGUGUCUGUCAAUGGCCUCAACGUUCUCCAUGUGGAUUACAGGACAGUGAGCAACCUCAUUCUGACGGGCCCUCGAACGAUUGUGAUGGAAGUGAUGGAAGAAAUAGAGUCCUGAGAAGAAAAAAGAAAACCUCUUACUGGACAUGUUUGUGAGAGAAGUAGCAAUGACCGUGGAGUGGCAUGACACAACGAGGCAAAAUGUUGCUGUGUCUAAACAGAUGAUUUUGCUUUUGGGGGAGGGGGUUAUCUUUCAUGUAACAAUAAUAGCACUGGUGAUUAUGCUAAGAACAAUAGAUACCAGCAUAUUUUCAUUAAGGACUUUUCUUUGCCCAACGGAGACAAGGUCGAAGCCUUUAGGUUGUCUGUCCAACCGUGUCUGCGUCGGUCAGAA